GUGAGGAACGCGACGUGAAGCGACGUGAGGCGACGCAACGUCGGGUGGGACGCGCGUGCUGGCGUGCAGGCGGGGCGACGAAGGGCGCGUGCAGAGCGUGGCGUAGCGUGGAGGGGCCGGCGGCCGCCGCUGCGUGCUGACCGGGCCGCGACGCCCCCGCUCCUUGCCAUGGACUCGGGGGCGCAACGGCAAAUGAAGGACGAGUGGCCGUCCCGAGUGGAGUCGGCGGUUCCCAUGGCGCCGCUCGCUCUCAGCCACGACCACUUUGAGUCGCAGUGCCAGCAGCAGUACGGGGAGGUGAACCAGCUGGGCGGCGUCUUCGUGAACGGGAGGCCGCUGCCCAACGCGGUGCGCAUGCGCAUCGUGGAGCUGGCGCAGCUGGGCAUCCGGCCGUGCGACAUCUCGCGCCAGCUGCGCGUCUCGCACGGCUGCGUCUCCAAGAUCCUGGCGCGCUACCACGAGACCGGAUCCAUCCUGCCCGGCGCCAUCGGCGGCAGCAAGCCGCGCGUCACCACGCCCAAGGUGGUGGCGUACAUCAAGGAGCUGAAGCAGAAGGACCCCGGCAUCUUCGCGUGGGAGAUCCGCGACCGGCUGCUGUCGGACGGCGUGUGCGACAAGUAUAACGUGCCGUCGGUGAGCAGCAUCAGCCGCAUCCUGCGCAACAAGAUCGGCGCGCUCGUGCACCAUCCGCACCACCACUCGCCGGCGUCGGCGGCGGCGGCGGCGGCGGCCGGGACGGCUGCGGGGGCGGCGGUGGUGGCGGCGGCAGCGGCGGCGGCGCACCACCCGCACCUGUACGGCUCCAUCUACCCGGCGGCCGCCUACCCCUACCAGCCGGCCGGGCCGGGGCCCGCGGGCAAGGUGGCCAGCGCACCCGGGGCCUCCCCGCCGUCCGUAGCGGCGACGGCGGGCGGCGCGGGCAGGCUGUGA